AUGAAGGCUUUUCUGGUGGCCCUGGUGGCUGCAGUCCUGUGUGCCCAGCAAGCUUCCUCCCUGUUUUGCUACGUCUGUGACAAUGAACAUUCCAACUGGAACUGCAUGAAAACCUACAAGUGUGAGGACCAUGAGAAAUACUGCACAACCACGUACAGCACUGUUGGAAUUGGCAAGGACGUGGGGCACCGCAUCACCAAGAAAUGCUCUGCGGACUGUCCCGAGACCAACGUGAAUUUCGGGAUGGCCGCGUACUCCACCAAGUGCUGCGGCACCUCCCUGUGCAACUUCAGCGGCGCCAACAGCAUCCGGAUCAACUACGCCGUGGUCCUGCUGGGAAUCCUGGGAAGCUUGGUCUGCGUGCUCAGGGUGGGAUUGUGA